AUAGGUUGCAUAUGGAUGCAGCGGGACUUCUCCAGUCAACUUCACCUUCGUGAGGAGCAUGCUCAACUCGUGUGUUAGAAAAAGGGGCAGAGUGUGUCAUUGGUCAGCGUCUCAGUAUAAAAGCCAGCUCUCUGAUGGCUCCCUUCCCUUUCUGCAGGCACACGCAGGCCAGGAUCAAGCUCCAUCAUGGUGCACACGGUAGCGGUGAUCGGGGCCGGCCCCUCCGGUCUGGCCAGCGUGAAGGCUUGUCUGGACGAGGGCAUGGUGCCAACCUGCUUCGAGAGCAGCGACGACAUGGGCGGACUGUGGAAGUUCAAGGAGGUGUCUGAACCAAACAGAGCCAGUAUCUACCGCUCCCUCACCAUCAACAUCUGGAAGGAGAUGAUGUGCUACAGUGACUUCCCCAUUCCUGCUGAUUACCCCAACUACAUGCACCACUCUAAAAUCCUCAAAUACUUCAGGAUGUAUGCAGAGCACUUCAAACUGCUGAAACACAUCCGCUUCCAGACCUCCGUAAAGAGCGUCAGACAGAGACCAGACUUCUCUCGGACCGGUCAGUGGGAGGUGGUGACGGAGAACAGAGACGGACAGGAAGAGACGUGGGUCUUUGAUGCUGUCAUCUGCUGCUCUGGUCACUUCAACUACCCCAACCUGCCACUCAAGGACUUUCCAGGAAUUGAGACUUUUGAGGGAAAGUACUUCCACAGCUGGGACUACAAGGGCCCUGAGGACAUGUACGGGAAGAGAGUGGUGGUCAUCGGCAUCGGCAACUCUGGAGGCGACAUCGCCGUGGAGGGGAGCAGAGUGGCGGAGCAGGUGUACCUCAGCACCCGCAGCGGUGCCUGGGUCAUCCGCCAGGUCUCCGACAAUGGCCUGCCGGUGGACAGAUUCAACACGCGCUUCGUCCACGUCAUGUUCAAGCUGCUACCCAUGCGUUUUCUCAACUGGCUUGGUGAAAAGAAACUGAACUCCAUGUAUGAUCACGCCAUGUACGGCCUCAAGCCUAAACACAGGUUCUUCAGCCAGAUCCCAGUGAUCAACGACGACCUGCCUUUUAAGAUCCUGUCUGGUUCUGUCAUCGUUAAACCAAACAUAAAGGAGAUCCGCGGCUCCAGUGUGGUGUUUGACGACGGCAGCGUUGUGGAGAACGUGGAUAUGAUUGUUUUCGCCACAGGAUACAACUAUGAUUUCCCCUACUUGCCGAACAACGUCUUGUACAAGUCUGGCCACCGUGUGGGUCUGUACAAACUAGUUUUGCCUCCAAAUCUGGAGCAUCCCACUCUGGCUAUUGUGGGUUUUAUCCAUUCUGACGGAGCCAUCAUGCCGCAGGCUGAAAUGCAGGCCCGCUGGGUCGCACGUGUCUUCAAAGGCCAUAAAAAGCUGCCCUCCAACCAGGCUAUGAUUAAAGCUGUUGAGAAGGACACAAGGUCCAUCGAGAAAAAAUAUGUUGUGUCAAAGUUGACACCAAUCCAGGUGGACUUUGUGGAAUAUAUGGACGAAUUAGCCAAGGACCUCGGUGCACGGCCGAGUCUCCCGUGGCUCUUUUUCACAGACUACCCGCUGUUCAAGCGGGUUUUCUGGGGGCCGGUCACAGCCUACCAGUACCGUUUAAUGGGGCCGGGGAAGUGGGAAGGAGCCCGCAAAGCCAUCUUCACCCAGUUUGAUCGCAUGUACCAGCCUCUCAAAACCAGACAGCUUGAUGCGCAGCAGCCUUCAACUAGUGGCCGUCUGAUCAAGCUGAGCCUGACCCUCGUCGCUGGAGGAGCUGCUCUGUACUAUGUCCAUAUUCGCAACCCAACCACCUUCCCCGCGCUUCUGUCCAGGCUUCAUCUACAAACAGUCUGAAGAUGCUUCACAUGGCUAAAGACAUCAGUGACCAAAGAAGAAAACAUGUUGUAUCAUCAUAACCGCUGACAUCUGACAUCCCAGCGUUGUAGCCAGUUUACAGUAACAUACUGGUAACUUUGUUGCCAUUAAGACCUAUUCCUUCCUACUGUAGGUUUUAACGUUGUUAAAGAAAUUAAAGGUUUGUCAUGUUCUCAUUUAA